GGCCCCGCUGCCCGCAGGCAGGCAGGACUUCGGGCGGCCGGCCGGUCGGGCGCCCCCCCGGCUGUUUCCGGAGGAAGGAGAAGAGCAGCUGCCCCCUCCCCCCUCUCCGCCUUCCUCCCCGUUCUCCUCCUCCUCCUUCUCCUCCUCCUCCCUCCCGGCCCCCCGAGCGGAGCGCGGAGUCACCGCGGCGCGUAGACGGGCCCGGCACUCGCACACACACAAUGGCGCUGAAACGCAUCAACAAGGAACUUAGUGACUUAGCCCGUGAUCCUCCAGCACAGUGUUCAGCAGGUCCUGUUGGAGAUGACAUGUUUCAUUGGCAAGCCACAAUUAUGGGACCUAACGACAGUCCAUAUCAGGGUGGUGUAUUCUUCUUGACAAUUCACUUUCCCACAGACUACCCAUUCAAACCACCUAAGGUUGCAUUUACAACAAGAAUCUAUCAUCCAAAUAUUAACAGUAAUGGCAGCAUUUGUCUUGAUAUUCUAAGAUCACAGUGGUCUCCUGCUUUAACUAUUUCUAAAGUUCUCUUAUCCAUUUGUUCACUGUUAUGUGAUCCAAAUCCAGAUGACCCACUAGUGCCAGAGAUUGCACGUAUCUAUAAAACAGACAGAGACAAGUACAACAGAAUAUCUCGGGAAUGGACUCAGAAGUAUGCCAUGUGAUGCUACCUUAAAGUCAGAAUAACCUGCAUUAUAGCUGGAAUAAACUUUAAAUUACUGUUCCUUUUUUGAUUUUCUUAUCCGGCUGCUCCCCUAUCAGACCUCAUCUUUUUUAUUUUUUUGUUUACCUCCUUCCAUUCAUGCACAUGCUCAUCUGAGAAGACUUUAGUUCUUCCAGCUUUGGACAAUAACUGCUUUUAGAAUCUGUAAAGUAGUUACACAAGAACAAUUGCCCAAGAUUCAGAAUUUUUUUUAAUGGAGCAUGUGUAUUAUGUGGCCAAUGUCUUCAUUCUAACUUGGUUAUGAGAUUAAAAACAAACAAACAUUCCUCACUGCUCUAACAGAUACUGAAGAUACCACCUGAAGGGGGGAGGGGAGAUGGAUGUUCAGUUUUCUCCCAUCAAAGAAGUAAUAUUGCUGUAGCAACAUCCAUCUUGUUCCAAACCUUCCAGUGUUAGAGAUCUGAGGUUUUAUUAUAUGCUUUUGCUCAUAACUGAUGUGUCUGGAGAAUUGGUACUGAAUCUAUAGCAUCAGCAGAACAGAAAAUGUGAUGUAUCUUAUGCAUGUCAAUAAAGGAAUGACCAGUUCUUGUUUUACAGAGAAUGGAAAUUGGAAGUCAAACAUCCCUUGUAUUCCAGAAUAGGGUUUAAGAACAUUUUUGUAAUUCAUUUAAAUUUUGUUAGGAGGCUUGGAGCUAUUAGUUAAUCUGUCUUCCAAAACACUGUUUAAUAUAGCACUGAAUAAAUGAUGCAAGUUGUCAAUGGAUGAGUGAUCAACUAAUAGCUCUACUAGUAAUUGAUUUAUUUUCUUCAAUAAAGUUGCAUAAACCAAUGAGUUAGCUGCCUGGAUUAAUCAAUAUGGGAAACAAAAUCUUUUGUAAAAGCAAAGCUGGUUUUUGUAUAUACUGUUGGCAUUUGCCUCGUUGUUUAACAUCAAAUAAUGAUGUAAAGUUCAAUAGAGUGACUCUUCUGCCAUUUUCAGUUCUAAUGCUCAGUCUGUUGCAGGUUGGCACAUUGCUCGGCCUGGUGGAUGCAGAAUUAAUAAGCUAACAUAGUCGUGUAGCCGUAGUAGGGGGCUGCACUUGGUGCUGGGAGCCCAGCGUUCACGGAUGGACUUGGGACCCAGCAGAUCUGAAGCGGUGUGUUGUGGAGAUACUUCCUGAUGCACCUGUGUUUGCUGACUGAGAACCUUUUUCUUCACCUUGUACACUUGACAACUGAAAGAUCUUAAUGUGGGGGUAAUGAUGAGGCAAAAAAUUAUAAAAUAAAGUACUGUUUUGAUGUGGGAAUUGUCAUGAGGCUGUGUUGAAGUGACUUUACUAUGUGGGAUGUUCGUUGCCAUUGAAAAGGACUUGUUCAGCCAUGCUGCCAUUUACAUUGAUGACUAUUUUAAUGCAACAGACACUUUUUUCAUGUCAGGUGACUAAACGUGAAUAAAAACUCAUUGCUAUUGGA